GUAAGAUAAAUGGGGGCUGAUGCACGGAGCAGAGCAGAGCAGCUGCAGAUAUCCACCAGCUGUCAGAAGUUCCUGCUAAAAUCGUUAUUGAAGCUGUUUUGCCUCCUGCCAACGCUGUGAUGUCACAUGGACAUAGGCCAUGAAGGGGUCUAUACUGAGUCUGAAAUCUGUUGACAACUUGAAUUGGUCACUCCACUUCCAAGAAAAGCCAGUCUGGUGACAUCGCUCGCUUCUUCCUCAAAAACACAUUGUUUAUCUGUAAAUUCUUCAAAGGAUACGAGCUGUACAUUACUGACAGAGAGCAGAGAUGGCUCAGAAAGUAAUUGAACUGGAUCGAGAAACCUUUUCUUGUUCCAUCUGUCUGGAUCUACUUAAGGAUCCAGUGACUAUUCCCUGUGGACACAGCUACUGCAUGAACUGUAUUAAAAGACACUUUGAUGAAGUUGAAAAGAAGAAAAUCUUCAGCUGUCCUACAUGCAGACAACUCUUCCCAUUGAGGCCUGUCCUGGUGAAAAGCACCAUGUUAGCAGUUUUAGUGGAGCAGCUGAAGAAGACUGGACUCCAAGCUGCUCCUGCUGAUCACUGCUAUGCUGGACCUGAAGAUGUGGCCUGUGAUGUCUGCUCUGGAAGAAAACUGAAAGCCUUCAAGUCCUGUUCAUUUUGUCUGGCAUCUUACUGUAAGAAACACCUUCAGCCUCAUUAUGAUGCAGCUCCUUUAAAGAAACACAAGCUGAUGGAUCCCUCCAAGAAGCUCCAGGAGAACAUCUGCUCUCGUCAUGAUGAGGUGAUGAAGAUGUUCUGUCGUACUGAUCAGCAGAGUAUCUGUUAUCUCUGCUCUGUGGAUGAACAUAAAGGCCACGACACAGUCUCAGCUGCAGCAGAAAGAACUGAGACGCAGAGAGAGGUGGAGGUGAGACGACAAAACAUCCAGCAGAUGAUCCAGGACAAAGAGAAAGAUGUGAAGCUGCUUCAACAGGAGCUGAAGGCCAUCGCUCACUCUGCUGAUAAAACAGUGAAGGACAGUCAGGAGAUGUUCACUGAGAUGAUCCGUCUCCUCCAGGAAAGAAGCUCUGAUGUGGAGCAGCAGGUCAGAUCCCAGCAGGAAACUGAAGAGAGUCAAGUCAAAGAGGUUCAGGAGAAGCUGCAGCAGGAGAUCACUGAGCUGAAGAGGGAAGAUGCUGAGCUGAAGCAGCUCUCAGACAUAGAGGAUCACAACCAGUUUCAACACAACUACCCCUCACUGUCACCACUCAAUCAAUCUACACACUCAUCCAGCAUCAAUAUCCGUCCUCUGAGGAUCUUUAAAGAUGUGAAAGCAGCUGUGACAGAGCUCAGAGCAAUAUUACAGGACAUUCUGAGAGAGACAAGGACAGACAUCUCACUGACAGUGACUGAAGUGGAUGUUUUACUGUCACAACCAGAGCCAAAGACCAGAGAUGAAUUCUUGAAAUAUUCAUGUCAAAUCACAUUGGAUCCAAACACAGCACACAGAAAUCUGGUACUGACUGAGGGAAACAGAAAAGUAACAUUAGUGAAACAACAGUCUUAUCCUGAUCAUCCAGACAGAUUCACUGAUUGUCCUCAGGUCCUGAGUAGAGAGAGUCUGACUGGACGUUGUUACUGGGAGGUGGAGUGGAGAGGACGAGGAGUUGGUGUAGCAGUCACAUACAAGGAUAUCAGCAGAGUAGGCAAUGGAAGUAGAUUUGGACGCAAUGACAAAUCCUGGGCACUGGAUUGUUGCAAAGUCAAAUAUAAAUGUGUGAGCAACAAGAUCCAAACUCCCAUCUCAGGUCGUCCUUCCUCCAGAGUAGGAGUGUACCUGGAUCACGGAGCAGGUAUUCUAUCCUUCUACAGCGUCUCUGAAACCAUGACUCUCCUCCACAGAGUCCAGACCACAUUCACUCAGCCGCUCCAUGCUGGACUUAGGAUUAGUGAUUGGUUUAAUGAUAUAUACUUUAUUGGUUCAAGUGCUGAGUUGAUUAAAGUGAAGUAGACAGAGGUAACUUCAGGACCAGAGAGUUAAAUCCUGUGUUUCUCUUCAUCAACUUGUUUUCUCUCCAUGUUUGUUGCUGAAUGAUCAUUGUUGUGGUGUUUCUGCUCAGAGAUCAGCUGUCAGUCAAACAUCAUGGCUGCUACCUUGACAUGUUUAAUAGUUGUUCUCUGGAUGUUUCAUCACUGUCUUCAGGUGGAGCUCAUUCUUGAGUCUGUUUAGCCGUGGAGGAUAUCACUGCUCAUGAUGAUUUUUAUUUCCAUGACAACUAAACUUGUCUGAGCUCUAAAUGUCUGAUGAAUAUUUGUAUUGAUGUAUUUGUGUUGUUGUUGUUUCUCUUCCACUUCUUAUCAGAGGAAUCAGCUGACCUUCCUCUAUCACUGACAUGCUGUUGAUGACUUUGCACAGAAUGAAAUCUAUGAUUCCAUUUGCAUGUAUUAGUUUUUCAGACUAUAUAUUAACCACUACUUAUACAUGAGGUACUGUGAGGUUUAUUAAAAUUGUAAUCAACAUGACGAUUGAUCAUUUAUUUCCUGGAUUUAACAAGUUGAUUGGACUUCAUAUCAGAGGGAUGAAAACUGAUCGUUAACACAAGAGGGCGCCUCCGUCCUGCUGACAGGGACGUAGUGGAGAGAAUGAAUGAAUGUGAAAGGAGCAAAUAUCAAAUUUCUAGAAGGACUUGCUGUGGACAUUUUCUGUGGUUUUUACUCUUCUGUAGCUCCCCCGGCAGCUUUAACUCUUUUAUCUAAACUGAUUGUUAGCAGGGAGUUCAUGUUGAUGACAGUGAAUUUGAUUUCAUGUCAGUGUAAACACCUUUACAACUAUCAAAUGAAAAUAAAAUGCGGCUUCAAUCUGAAUCUGUCUGGAUACACACUUUCAGCAAAAAAUAUAAAUAAAUAAAAGUUUAACAGG